CACUGACUGGCACUGAUAGGUGGCACUGACUGGCACUGAUGGGUGACACUGAAGGGCAGCUCAGAUGGGCACUGAUAUGUGGCAUUGAUGUGCACUGGUAGGCACUGAUAUGUGGCAUUGAUGUGGCACUGAUGGGCACUGGCACGUGGCACUGAUGGGCACUGGCACGUGGCACUGAUGGACACUGACAGGUGGCACUUCUGGGGCCACACGGAUCAUCAGGGCACACCGAUCAUCAGUGCCCUGAUGAUCGCUGUCAACGUGACAGCUGGAGAGGAGAGAAAUGCCGAUAACCGGCAUUUCCCUGUUUACAUGUGAUCAGCUGUGAUUGGA